AUGCGGCUCUCCGUGGUGGAGCAGCCAGCCGUUGAAGCCAUGAAGAAAGUACUAGAAAGUCUUAACCUCAAUAUAGUAGAGAUGGUAGAUGAAAAUGCAACCUUGGAUGGUGGAGAUGUCUUAUUUACAGGCAGAGAAUUUUUUGUGGGUCUUUCCAGGCGGACAAAUCAACGUGGUGCAGAAAUACUGGCUGACACAUUUAAGGAUUAUGCUGUCUCCACAGUCCCUGUUCAUGAUUCCUUGCAUCUGAAGAGCUUUUGCAGCAUGGCUGGACCAAACUUGAUUGCUAUUGGAUCAAGUGAAGCUGCACAGAAGGCCCUCAAGACCAUGCAACAGAUGAGCGACCACCGCUAUGACAAGCUGACGGUGCCUGAUGAUGCUGCAGCAAACUGCAUCUACUUAAACAUUCCCGGCAAAGGCCAUGUCUUGCUGCACCGAGCCCCUGAGGAGUACCCGGAGAGUGCGAAGGUUUUUGAAAAACUGAAGGACCACAUGCUGAUCCCAAUAGCCAACACAGAACUGGAGAAAGUAGACGGGGCACUCACCUGUUGCUCUGUGCUUAUUAACAAAACUUCAGAAUUAUGAGUUUACAGAGUCCCUCCCUUGUAACUGGCAAUAAUGUUACACACAAGGUAGACAAAUCUGUAUCCACACUUUUAUUGUUUUUAUUGACAAUCUACUGUACCACUGUGCUACUAACCCUUGUUUACAAAUUUUUUGCUUUGUGUAUUUUUAUGUCCUUGCAAAUGGUAUUUAAGGUGGAUGUAUGGUUUGUUGGGGGCACAUAACUCUGAAGUAUGUUAGUCCCAUGGGCUAGCAGAAGACAAUUAUAAUGGCUAACCUCUAGCUUUAGUGAUUUAACAUAUCUGUGUGAAAAUUUUAUGAAAGCCAACUAAUUCUCAACAUUUCAAGUACCUCUGUCUUUACACUGUUCCCUUCUCCUGACUUUUUUCUCUUGCUUCCUUGCUCUGCAUCUUUUUUUCCUUCCUCAGUCCUCUUUACUUUCAGCGAUGCAAGGUAUUGGAGGGACUGAAGAAAACUCA